UUGUGUGAUGCAAAUGACAACAAUAACUGUUUAUUUGUAGACUAUUAAGAAUGAAUACACAAAAUACUGGUAAUCACACCCGUCCCCUUACAUCAAGCUCUGUAAGGGAAGUUUUUAUUCCGGCCACCAGAGGGAGCGAAUGCCAGCCAGGAAACUUCUUCGUUUGUAAUAGUGGUGUUUAUCUCGUUACUCAAAAUUCGGGGGACCUGUAGUUUUCUGUUUGUUCUCCAAGUAUAUUUUUUUCAACGUGUUUCACAUUUACAGCAGAUGGGAUUUAGCAGACCGCUUUGAGCAUUGUUUGACAUUUAUAAGCUAAACAAAUUAUACCGCCCCAGGCCUCACGAAGAAGGCCUAGUAUUAGACUAGAACUUUCCUGCAAAUACAAGCCAGACAGGGACAGGGAAACUCGGCAAGCUGAGGUAUCACAAUGGCAACCUCAACAGAAAACUGCUUAAGCAAUUCACUGAUAAAUACACCAGAUAAUGGAAAACUGGUGAAACCGAAAGCGCAGCUGCUUACAGUGCUCCGCUGCGGCGGUGCAGAAAAGGACAUUUUCACAAUGAAAGAGGUUAUGUUUUACCUGGGGCAAUACAUCAUGGAUAAAGAGCUGUAUGACAAGAAACAGCAACACAUAGUCCACUGUUCUAGUGAUCUUCUAGGAGAAGUUUUGGGAGUACACAGCUUUUCUGUGAAAGAACCACGGGUAUUGUAUGCAAUGAUCUCCAAAAACCUGAUAGCUGUCAAGAAUCCAGAUCUCCACACAGCCUUAACAGAACCCAGGUGUCAGAGUGAAACUGAUAGAGGCCCAGAGGUAUCGGGCAUGGAUUCCAAGGAAGAGAAUGGUACUGCAUGUAGUCCAGCUACCUCUGGAAGGAGACGUCGGAAAAGUAAUGAAUCCGACAGCACAUCUGCAGAUGACGAUAUUGAUGAGAAGGAGGAGAGUGAGCAGCGUAGGAAAAGGCACAAAUCUGACAGCAUCUCACUCACUUUUGACGAUAGCUUGUCUUGGUGUGUGAUUGGCGGAUUGCGUCGGGAGCACGGGAGCUGUGAGUCGUCCUCGGAUUCUCCCACUAAUCCUGAUGCUGACAUUGUUUCUGGCAGCGAAGACUCGGACGAAACUUGGUUCAGCCAAGAUUCCGACUCGGACCAUUUCAGCGUGGAGUUUGAAGUGGAAUCCGUUCACUCGGAUACUUACAGUCAGAACGAAGAGGCACAGGAUCUGACUGAUGAAGAUGAUGAGGUUUAUGAAGUCACCAUCUUCGAGGCUGAAGACGAGGACUCCUUUGAUGAGGACACAGAAAUUUCAGAAGCGGAUUACUGGAAGUGCUCAAAGUGCGACGAACUCAACCCUCCUCUUCCCGGCCGAUGUCAUAGAUGUUGGGCACUCCGUAAAGACUGGUUUCCAGAAUUCAACAAUCCCAAAUCCUGGAACUCAAAGUCAGCUGCCCUGGACAAGCCAGGUCUAGAGGAAGGCAUUGAUGUUCCAGACGGCAAGAGAGCCGUUUCAGAUCCCUCUUGCGGAUCGACGUUGGACGUGAACAAAAGCAAAGAUGUUUGCUCCUCGGAGGACUGCGCAACGUCUGCUUCCAAAUCUCAGGAGACCUUGUCCUCGCUGCCAUCCACCUCGAGCACCAGUAACAGCCAAGAGGAGACCCCAGAGCUGGAGAGGGAGAGCAGUCUGGAGAGGGAGAGCAGUCUGGAGCCCUGCCUCCCCCAGAGCUGCUUGGAGCCCUGCGUGAUCUGCCAGAGCCGGCCCAAAAACGGCUGCAUUGUUCACGGCAGGACAGGCCACCUCAUGGCAUGCUACACCUGCGCUAAGACGCUCAAGAAGCGCAAUAAGUUAUGUCCGGUCUGCAGACAGCCAAUACAGAUGGUGGUGUUAACCUACUUUAGCUGAGAGUAUGCACAGUAAAGAUGACUAUUUAAUAUAAGCAAAUAUUAUUGGAAUUAUAUGCAUAUGUUUGAAGAUAAUCUUUGUGUAUUGUUUUUUAAAUGCAUCUUUUUCUUGUUCUAAAAUUUAAAUAUUUCGGUAAAAUUGUAUUUUUGAAAACAUAGAUGCCUUUUUGACAAAUUGAGAUCUCAAGUUUAAUGUUGCUCAGAAAAGAUUCAAUUAUUUUUUUUUUAAUUCUGGUUUUGGACCAAUGAUUGUUUAUGGUAGCAUAUAAAUGUCAUUAUUUUGUGAAAGUGGUACUUUAUUUCUCUGCAUGUACACUAUAGAGAAUACUUGAAGUCGGGGUCCAUUCUAAAAUCUGCCUUUUAAGGAACAUGCCUCAACCUGCGAGUUCAUAAAGCAGUUCUGAUAGCUAUGAUAAGUGGUUCUCAUUUAUGGCUCUUCCGUUCAAUUCAGUUCCAUUCCAGGAGCUACCAUCCAUGUCCUUAGUUAUUGAACUGAGCCGUCCACAGCCUUGCUGUGACCUGGGGGGCGCUUCCCAUGUAACGGCAGUACUUGUGACUGUAAGACCAUUCUGCUUCUCAACUAUCUUCCUGUGUAUUUCACAAAACCUCUCAAGAUUCUCAUCAGCAUCCAUUUGGUUUUCAAGUAUCACUCAAGGUUAUAAUGGUGGAGGAACAAGUUUAGUCAUUUUAGUUCUACAACCAUGACUAAGUGCUACGUUCCUGAAGAUUCAAAUAAACUGUUCUUUUUAAAGCAGCCAUACACUAUUGCCUUAGCCUGAUUCUUAACUUCCAUUGACAUCAGUACAAGUUCCGGAACCGCUGGAAACUCUCAGAGGGUUGGGACUCUUUUUUUUCAGUAUAGGGUUGGGACUCUUUUUUUUCAGUAUAGGGUUGGUUAAAGUAGCUUUUGGGAAGUGCCCCCCAGCUGUUUUAAUUGUGCACUAAAGCUAGGUGUUCAGUUAAAUAACUUGGUUGGAAUGAACUGAAAGAGGCGAAAGUACUUCCCAUUGUUGGAGAUCCUGGAAUGCCUGCUGACGUUAGAAUUUUAUAACGUGUGCAUAGUGAUGUUUGAGGAGUCAGUGUGCACAGUAGUGCUUUCAUGGAAAAGGAAAGGCGCGUCAGCAGGUGUUCUAGAUAUCUGAAGGGUUCAACGUGUGAGAACAAGCAAGACCUUUAUAAAUGUUUACUUUGUAAUUAUUUGUGACACAUUUGGAGAAUACCAGCCUAAAGUGGUGAGUUUUAACUUGUUUUAUUUUAAGUUGCUUUACAUUUUCACUGUUUAAUUUAUUGUGUUCUUAUGUUGUUUGAAUGGCACAUUUAAUGCAUUACUUAAAUAAUUUAUUGUUUUAGGUAUAGUAUGAUUUAUACUUUUCAUUUUGGAACACCUCAAUUUAAAACUUGUAAAUAUGGUAAAUGCAGUAGCUUUGUUGUGGUUGUGCAGUUUAAAAUGUAUCAAGUUUGUAUUUGAUGCUAACAUAUUUAGAUUUAUGUUAGUGUCAAUGCGUUGCUAAGAAUAUAUUUUUUAAGGAUUUGAAUAUGCAAAUGCUUUGCAAAGAAUCAAGUUUCUUUGCAAAGCAUUUUUCUGCUUAGAUAUUGAACUGCAGUAUAUCAGUUACCCUUCCAUGGCAGUGGAUAUUGUAGCUAAACUAUUAACCUAGAAAGCUGCAGGCUUUCCAGGAUCCCUGAAUUAAAUAAACCCCUAGAACAAUCUUUAAUAUAGUGCAAUCUGAUUUACAAAAUAACAUGAACUUUGACAAAAACAAGUAUUUUAAAUUAAGUAUAAACCUUAAACACUAACUCAAUUGUUUCUAUCUAUCUAUCUAU